UGGAUAUGCCCUAGGAACGGUUCAUGAAAUGUAGGACAGGAAAUAUAGAUCACAUUAUUGAUUAUUCAAAUGGAAAUAUAACCACAAUUUUAUUUCAUCAAAUUUGAAAAAGAAUAAUGAUAAAAAUUAUAAAUUAAUUUUUGUUCUUAAAUAUUUCAAAUAUUAUUCUAAUAAUAUUUAUUAUUUCAUAAAUUAUUCUCAAAUCAUUUCAAAUUUACUAAUUUUAGAAAAUAAAUUCUAGUCAUCAAUUACUAAGAAAAUAACAAUUAUUUGUAAGAUUUUCUUUUUGUUCAUUUCGUUUAAUUUUCGAAAUUUUGAAAGACAAUAAAAAUUACAACCGAACGGAACAAACAAACCGUGAAUGAAACAUGACUUAAAACAUAGAAACAACAUAGUUUAAAAAAAAAACUUAGAAACGAGAGAGUGCAAAGAAACUUAUGAUAAUACCAAUUAUGCCAUCUGUAGAAUUUGGUUUGCCUUAACUCACCUACAAUAAAUAAUCAUUUUCUGAAGUUUAUAGUUUAUCAUUAUUAUUAUCUAAUAUAAAAAUACGAAAAAACACACAAAAAUAAUUUUUUGGAAUAUUUUUUUCCUAGAAUAUAUAUUUUCUAGAAUAGAGAUAGUAUUUGUUGUAUGUUAGUUUCAAUACUUCCAUUAGCUUUUUAUAACAACUAUAUUUAUUUCUAUAAUGUCAAAUUACAUAAAGUACAAACAAAAUAACAAGAAAACAAUGAAUUACCUAAUUAAUAUGAAGGAACACCAAUACAUUUGACCAUGAUUUUUAAUCAGAGGCCAUACAUGUCAUCCGAGCAUCAACCAGAUAAACUUUCAUUAGUUUAUCAUUUAACAUUCUCAUUUUUCCUUCCACCAAAAAUAAUAACUAACUAGGUGAUAAUCCUCGCCAUGCGCGGGGUGAAUGAACUAAAAAAAUUUAUAAAUUUUACUCUAUAGAUAUUGAAAAGGUAGAAAGAGUGACAUAUUAUACAUGGUAUAGAUUAGCAGAAGUACAUGAUUGAUAUACAGAUUGAUGCAAAGAAAAACAAUUUGGGAUUGGAAGUUUACUGGAGUUUUUAGUUAAAAAGAUAUUACUCGAGUAUCCGGAUAACGAUAAUCUUAUUAUGGUAGAAAAAUAGUAAUUGUCCUAUUAACGAAGUUGUAACGUUAUAUUUUAUUAAACUUAUACCGGUUCUGGAGUACAUAAAAUUGUAAAAGAAUAAAAAUAAAUUGAAGUAAAUAAUAUUAGGUUGAAAAAAAAGAAAAAGAAGUAAAUAAUAUGAAUUUACAAAUUUAGUGGACUGAUUAAGACUCGAAUUUGUAAAAGAGGCCCACUGUUGAACCUUAAUAUCGAUUAUGACUCAAAAAACACAUUGGCCUCUUUUAAUAUAUCUUUUAUUUUUAAAAACAUAUUUUUACUAAAAAGUCUCGAAGGGGCACGAGAUAAAGGUGAUAGUCAUAUUUAAUGCUAGUCAUUUAAAAUACUUUCAAAAAUAGAAAGUAUUAUAUGCAUAGGGCGAACAUUAAAGAAUUUUAUAUUAAAAUGAUAUUUAAAAAAAAAUCGGAAAGAAUUAAAAAAAAUUGCAAAUUUAAUGUCUGUCACCAUUUGAAUGUAUUUUGUGGAAUUGCUUAUAAAUUUUUUAUAUAUGACAUUUUGAUUUGACAAUAUAAAACAGUAUAUAUUUUCCACUCCGAAAAUAAAUUUUAUUCACAUAUAUCAUUGCCUCUAAGUAUCAACCAAAAUAAAUGUCACAAACCUAAUAAUUAUAGAAGAACAUAAUUAUAAAUCAUUUAUAUAUUCCAGUCUCUAAAAAAUGUCAUCUAUCAUUCAUGAAUUGUAAAGAAGUAUUAUAACAAUAUGAAUCGUAUAUAUAGUCAAAACCCUAUCACUUGUGAAUAUAAAUAUCAGUCAAUCCUAUUAAUUUCGUAUAACAUUAUAAUCGUAGGUUUUCAGAGAAUUAUAGAAAGUAUUAUAUGCAAGGGGAGAAAAUAAAGGAAAUCUAUAAAAUGAUAUUUGACUUUAAACUUAAUCGAAAAAUAAUAAUAUAAAUUUUCAAAUUUAAUGUCUGUCACCAUUUAAGAUAAUUUAGAAAUCUAAAAGUCUUGUUGAAAUUCCGUUUUGGAUGUAUUUUACAAUCACGCAAGAUAUUCCAUAAUUCUCGACAUUUUGAUUUUACAAUAUAAAACCGUUUAUAUUGAUGAUUCCCAAAAUAAAUUCCCAAAAUAAAUGUCAUUUAUCCCAUAAAAAUCCCAAAAUAUUAAUCAAAAUAAAUAUCACGUAAGGAAGUUUUAUAGAAGAACAUAAUUAUGAAUAGUUUAUAUUUUCCAGUCCCAAAAAACUGUCAUGUAUCAUUUAUGAAUCGUAAAGAACAUGAAUCUUAUAAAAACAUGAAUCAUAUGUAUAUAGUCAAAACCCCAUCAGUUUUUAAUUAAAAAAACAUAAUGUAUGAUAACUUCUAUGAAAUAAUAUACUCCCUCCGUGUCGUAUUAUUUGUCAUUUUAGAGUUAAAAUUUUGUUUCAUUUUAAGUGUCGUUUUAUGUUUUCAAUGCAAAAUUUAAUAAUAAUAUUUUCUAUUUUAUUUUUCUAUUGAUUGAAACAUGGUUAAGUGUAUAGGUAAUGAUGUUUUUAUUUGUAAAUAUACAAAAUCAAAUGUUUUCUUAAUUUGUGUUCAUAAACCUAAAGCAACAAAUAAAGUGAAACGGAGGGAGUAGCAUACACAUCGAAGAAUCCACUAAUAUUAUGCUAAGAAUUUGUAAAAUAAUGAAGCAUAUACAUUGCUCAAUCCGCUAAUAUUAUGCUAAGAAUAUAAAUAACUAUAUUUUGCCGUUUAUUUUGUGGCUAUAUGUGUUUUGUUCGAUAAUUAUUAAAAUACAUUCUAAUGAGUAAUUAUACCAUGAAAUGUUUCAUGUUAUACAUGGCUUCUUCUCAUAUAGUAUAGUAAUAUAAUCUCUUCAUAUUACUAAAUUUUAAUGAGCAAUUGCAUUAUAUGUAAUUUGUCUAGGCAAGAACAUGUUAUUUAACAAAGGCUAUGAGAAUCAAGAAUGGUUCUCAUGAUGACACAUAGGAAAUGACAUUUUUGUUAAUCACACAUGGUGAUAAAGUUAACUGUUUAAAAUGCUCCUCAAAUAAUAAAAAGGGGAUGUCGAACAUGCAUCCCAUCGGUCAUAGACCUUAACAUUUGAAUAGAUUGAUUUAUAGUUCAGUUAUAUUUACGGUAUUUAGUUGAUGAGAAGCAUACUGAAUCUAUAUUGUUUUAUGUCAAAAUGAAAACUCAAGUUAGAAUAAAUGAGAACCAUUUUAAUAGUUAUAUAGACCACCAGCAACAUAAAACUAUUAUUUUCAAAUGCAUAUGAUUUUCACCUUAUCUUCCCCAUUAGUGAAUUUAGAAUGAACUCGGAUAUUGAUAUGUCUGUGAGUGUGAAUUAUGAUGAGAAGAUUGAUUUCACGACACAUAUCUACAUAUAUAUAUAUAUAUAUAUAUUUGAUCAAAUAGUAUAUAGGGUUUUGAUGUGAAAAAAAUAGUUUUAAUGUGAAAUAUAUUUAUCCCCAUAUAAAAUUUUAGUAACAUAAAUCGGAAAGAUAAGUCAAUUAUUUCUGAAAUUAAUAUGCCUAAAUUAGUAAAAGUACGUAUACGGACUUUCUUUAAAACAUAUUCAAUUCAUUACACGAUCCACAAGUAGCCACAAUAGUAUAUCACUGUAUUAACUCAAAUGCUUAAAGUUAGGAAUCAUUCUAAUACCUACUUACCUUUUAUUCAGAAAUUGAUGUAUUACAAGAGAAUUUGGACACAACUCCAAGUAAUCAGUAAUUCAUAAGAUCUCAAAUCACGUUACGGGUCAUUAUUAUAGUGCACCGAAUGAAACUCCUAGGUUUAUGAUUUUUGAAAUAUUUCAUAUAGAACUAUUAUAUAUAUUACAUUACACUUAUAUAUAAAUUUAACAGUCUGUUUCAAUAUGUGCUACCUAACUAUAUAAACUAACAUAAUUAUUUCUACUUUUAAAAAAUAUACCAAAUGAAACUCCUAGGUUUAUAAUUUUUGAAAUAUUUCAUAUAGAACCUAUAUACAAUAAAUUUACACUUAUAAAUAUACAUUUAACCAAAUUGUCCGUAUAAAUAUUUGUGCUACCUAACUAUAGAAACUAACAUAAUAAUUAAUCCUUUUAAACAAUAUUGUCUAAUUGUUCAUAAGUAGGCUUAGUUGAAAAACAAAAUAUUUUUUUCUCACAUAUGUUAGGAAACAUUUGAAUACUUGUAGACAAAAUGUUAGGUAUAAAAAAGUUUAGAAAAGCGAAAAUUGAAUACUUUUAAAACAUAUUAUUGAUGAAUUGUUCAUGAGUAAGCUUACUCGAAUAAAAAAGAUUUUUUUCUCACAUAUGUUACGAAUCAUUUGAAUACGUGCGAUGUUAGAAAGAUAAAAUUUAAGAGAAACUAUUUAAAAAAAUUGUAAACAAUAACUAUACUUGAAAGUUUGUUUAUCUAUGAAUUAUUCUAUUUUUUUGUUCAUGGGUAAGUUGUCUAUGACUUGUAUGCGAUUCUUCUAUCUGUUAGUCAUGGAUAAGAGGUUGAUAUUUGAAGAGCUUUUCGAGUAUAUGUUUGGGGGACAAACCAUUAGAGAAAAAAAAAUGUAUUAAUGGAAACUCUUUAAAUGGUUUGAAUUUCUGUAUUUAAAAAAAAAUUAUGACAGCGUAUAUACCAAUCAAUAACUAAACUGUAUGAUUUUUAUUAUGGUUAUACCAAAGUUGGAUGGUAAUGGCAUUUUAUGUAAUUAAUCUAGUGAAAGAAUGACAUUUUAUUUAUGGCUAUGAGAAAGAUUCUAAGAAUGACACCUAAGUAAUGGCAUUUUGGUUAAUCACAUAUGAGAGUAAGAUUAUUUAAUAAUAGUGCUCCUCAAAUAAUAUAAAAGGGAUUAUUUUAAACUGAAAAUUUAAAUUGUUAGUGUCUAUUUUCUUUACCAACGCAUAUCUAAAGCCUCUAUCUCUCCUUCAUUUCGCACGAUUUCUGUCUGGCAAUGAUGCUGUUUGUUUCAAUGGCGACCCCAUUUUCUAUUCAUUGAUGCCACAAAAAGUCCUCGAAGAAAACUUCCACCUCGCGUAGGGUCCAGAAACCGAAUCAUCAUGGGUCUCUGUUUCUCCUCCGCCAAGGUCUCCGGCCGCCGAAACCACAGCCCCCGGAGCCCCAAUCCCAACCCCCUCACCGUCGCUAAACACCGACCGCCACAAACGCCAUGUUCGUUCUUGGCCGUUACGAUCCAAAAAGACCACAGGACCCAACCUCGACGAUCCCCAGCGACGACCAAGAAAACGCCGCCGCAGACGCAAACGCAAACGCGACAGACGCCACCGCACGGGAAGGGUAGAGAGAAGGCUGGAAAUAAUAAUAAUAAUAAUAAAGGGAAGAGACACGGAGAAGCGAUCCCUUACGGUAAGCGCGUUGAUUUCGGGUACGCUAAAGAUUUUGAUAACCGUUACACCAUCGGGAAACUGCUCGGACAUGGUCAGUUCGGUUAUACGUAUGUCGCUACGGAUAAAAAGACAGGAGAUCGUGUCGCAGUCAAGAAAAUAGACAAGGCCAAGAUGACAAUUCCGAUAGCUGUGGAAGAUGUGAAGAGAGAGGUGAAGAUACUACAAGCUUUAACUGGUCAUGAAAAUGUAGUUCGGUUUUACAAUGCCUUCGAGGACAAGAACUCUGUUUACAUAGCCAUGGAGUUAUGUGAGGGUGGUGAAUUGCUGGAUCGGAUAUUAGCCAAGAAAGAGAGUCGUUAUAGCGAAAGAGACGCGGCCGUGGUAGUGAGACAGAUGCUAAAAGUUGCAGCUGAGUGUCAUUUGCGUGGUUUGGUUCACAGAGAUAUGAAACCAGAGAAUUUUCUGUUCAAAUCAACUGACGAAGAUUCACCUCUAAAAGCUACAGAUUUUGGUUUAUCAGACUUCAUAAAACCAGGGAAGAAGUUUCAUGAUAUUGUCGGUAGCGCGUAUUACGUAGCACCUGAAGUGUUGAAACGCAGGUCAGGACCAGAAUCAGAUGUGUGGAGUAUCGGUGUUAUCAGUUAUAUACUUCUCUGCGGGAGACGGCCUUUCUGGGACAAGACUGAAGAUGGCAUUUUCAAAGAGGUUUUGAAGAACAAACCUGAUUUCAGAAGAAAACCGUGGCCAACCGUUAGCAACAGCGCCAAAGAUUUUGUUAGGAAGUUGUUAGUGAAAGACCCGAGAGCCAGAUUAACAGCUGCACAGGCCCUAUCACAUCCAUGGGUUAGAGAAGGAGGAGAUGCAAGUGAGAUUCCCAUAGACAUAUCUGUUCUCAACAACAUGCGUCAGUUUGUUAAAUUUAGCCGCCUCAAGCAAUUCGCUUUAAGGGCUCUUGCAACAACGCUUGACGAAGAAGAGUCAGCUGAUCUUAGAGACCAGUUUGAUGCCAUUGAUGUUGAUAAAAAUGGCGCCAUUAGCCUUGACGAGAUGAGGCAGGCUCUUGCAAAAGAUCAUCCUUGGAAGCUUAAGGAUGCACGAGUGGCAGAGAUUCUUCAAGCGAUUGAUAGCAACACCGAUGGAUUUGUGGAUUUCGAAGAGUUUGUUGCUGCUGCGUUACACGUAAAUCAAUUAGAGGAGCAUGAUUCUGAGAAAUGGCAACAGAGAUCAAGAGCAGCGUUUGAGAAAUUCGACAUAGAUGGAGAUGGAUUCAUCACAGCAGAGGAACUUCGAAUGCAUACUGGCUUGAAAGGGUCCAUUGAGCCACUUCUUGAAGAAGCAGACAUUGAUAAUGAUGGUAAAAUCAGUCUCCAUGAGUUCCGUAGACUUCUCAGAACUGCAAGUAUCAAAUCAAGAAAUGUUAGAAACCCUCCUGGUUAUCUUGUUUCUCGGAAAGUCUAAAAGAAGUUUGCAGUCUUAUGGUGAGGAAAGAAAAAAACAAGAAUCAAGAAAUUUUUUAUCCCUUAUGUAGAAAAAGAAAGAUAGGGAUUGCAGUGUUUUCAUGUGUUGUUGUAACAUAUAUUCAUAUUUUUUUUUAUAACCAUUGACAAAGAAAUCGAUAUUAAUAGAACCAAUUAGCGCAAUGUAAUGAUGAAAUUAUUUGUUUGUGUGUAA